GACACAAGCUGUCCGGAGAAGGAGGACGAGGAGUGUUCUGCUGUACUUUUUCUCUAGUCAAUGGACACUCUCUUUGUUGCUGUGUGUGUAGUUAUUGGCACAGCGGAAGCGGUCUUUGGCUCGGAAGAGUUUAUUUUCCGAGAAGUUACAAACAACUGGACGUUUCCUCCAACCGCCAGGACUAACUGAUACACCUCUCCGGGCUUGAACGCCGCGAGCGAGCGGAGUCGGAUUUAAUGUUGUUCUUCAUUUUUAACCGAAAAGGAAAAUGAAGACUUUUUUCGGACUUUUAAACUAUGAAGGGGUUGUUUACAAGAGGAGACAAGGGAGGGGAAGUGACACUCCGCUAACACAAUAAGAAGCACAAAGACAUAAAGGAUCAGUUGCAACCCCAAACCAUUGGGGCGCUGCUGCUUUUACUUAUUGUUUCUGGAUUCAAUUGGGAACAGAUUCCCUUGCUUCGCCCAUCUGUCUUUUCAAGGAAAUCCCUGAUGCAUUCUCUUGCCCCCUCUCAACAUGCUGGCUCUGAGGCUGGAGCAGGGCAGGCGAGGGGGUGGUGAAGUCGAUCGCCUGCAGAAAGGGGACACUGUGGCUCGGCAGGGCCGCCAGUCAGGUAGGCCCCCUUCUCACGAGCAGUGCAGCAACAUCAGGGAGAAGAUCUCCCAGUGGGAAGGUCGCAGCCAGGAUGCCGGGGCGAAGGCACAUCCUCCGACCGUAUCCCGAACUCUGUCCGGAGAUCAACUGGGCAACGGAUGUUCCAAUGAGGGGUCGAGAGGGGGGCUUUACCACUCCAAAUCUUUAACCUUGGGCUUAGAUUUCCGGGUAUCCCCAUCACCAGCUGGACAUGGUGUGGUCGGUAGGAAGUCGGAACCUGUGCAGAAAUGUCCCGCUGAGUAUUCCACCACAACCCCGGGAAUUAAACCACUUGCAGCACAAAUGUUCGCGUCUCCCAAAGUGGAGGACGACCCCGCAGGUAAACAAAUCCUCACUGCCGACGGCUACCAAAAAAGGGAUCGUAUCUUGGGCGUUGAAGUAGCUUCGAAGCAUCUACCUCUAUCGACCGACGAGCAAGAAGACAACAUGCCUGCGGGAAACUUCUACACUUCCCGGGGUUUCUGGCGUAAACUUGAGGGGGACCGACUGCUCUGGGAGAAAGGCAGGGGUGACGCUCAGCCUCCUCCCAAACCUAUGCGAACAUUCCAGUAUCGGGGAGCCAACAACAGCAACGAUGAGGGGCACACAACACGGCGGGAUGGCAGUUCCCCUCAUAGCAACCACUCCAACGCGAGGAGUAGGAGGGUGGCCCACCCACCUAGCUUCCCACCUCCUCCGUGUCCUGUAGCAAAGACUAACGGGCUUUCAAGGCAUACAAAGAACAGGAAGUCCUUUGAGUACGAGGAUGCGGCGCGUCUGACGGCGAAGCGAGGCCCGCUGAGAGGCGAGGAUGGACACUCGGGCAUUUACCACGCCUACUCCGACGACAAUAUCUACGAGGACAUUGUUUGUGAAGUGACCAGAGAUAGCCCCUACGAGGACGUCAAGUUCUCUCCCAUGUGUCUCCCCAUCAGAAGGCCUCAUGGCCCAAAGCUGCCUCCUAAGCCCCAAACGCUGCAAGGCUACGCAACCAGAGUGGAGAGGAAGAGGCUUCAAACGCCGACGCCAUCCAAAUCCUCAACACUUGCAGAGACUCCCAAACUGGCUGCACCGCGGCGCGCGAGCACGCAAAAAAUACAGAGGGCGCCUCAGUAUGUCAACAAGAUCGAGACCAUCUUUGAUGACAAGCGCGGGAGGAAGAGGGUAAAGAACCAGGGAGUCUCAGUGAGAGAGGAGACCAGUGGGACAGAGAGUGACCCCGAGGACAACAGCAAAGCAGGCUCCAGGAGGUCAGUUUACAUCCAGUCUACACUGAAACGUCGCCCAGGUUACCGCACCCUGGAGAAGGACCUGAUCCAGCUGCAGCAGCAGCAGCUCUUCCAGAUCUUUGUGGUGGUAUCGCUGAGAAAAGGCUCCCCGGGAAACACCUACUCCCCUGAAAUCACGCAGCAGUUCCCCAAACUGUUUGAGAAGUCAUCCCGGAUCUCCAAGGAGGCAGAGGAUCAGCUGAGAGUCAUUCCCAACUUCUGCUUCCCCGACUCACAGGACUGGAAGCCCUCUGCACACAUGCCGAGCGAGACCUUCUCCUUCGUCCUGACCGGAGAGGACGGCAGCCGCUGGUUCUGUUACUGCUGUAAGAUCUUGCCCGUUGGAAAAGGGAAGAGGCUUCCUGAGGUGCACUGUAUUGUCAGCAAACUGGGCUGUUUCAACCUCUUUGCAAAGAUUUUGGAGGAGGUUGAAAGGCGCAGGGAGAUCUCCCCAGCGCUGGUUUACCCUUUUAUGCGUAGCGUGAUGGAGGCCCCCUUUCCAGCCCCUGGACGCACAGUCACCAUCAAGAGCUUCCUCCCCGGCUCUGGAAGUGAGGUGCUGACUCUGUGUCGACCGGUGGACUCCCGGCUGGAGCACGUGGACUUUGACAGUCUGCUGCAGUGUCUCAGUGUCGGGAAUCUCCUGCAGGUGUUCGCCUCCCUUCUGCUCGAGAGGCGGGUCAUCUUUAUCGCUGACAAACUCAGUGUGUUGUCUCGGUGUAGCCAUGCGGUGCUGGCGCUGCUGUACCCCUUCACCUGGCAGCACACCUUCGUGCCCGUGCUACCGGCCAGCAUGCUGGACAUCAGCUGCUCCCCCACCCCGUUCCUCAUUGGGGUGCUGGCCCCUUGCCUGCCAGAGCUGCUGGAGCUGCCUAUCGAGGAGGUGCUCAUAGUGGAUCUGUGUGCGGACAAGUUUGUCAUUCAGCUGGGUGAUGAAGACUGCAUCCUGCCCAGUAAACUGCAGGCAGCACUGCAGCAGAUCCUGGAGGAGAGGGAGGAUAUCCUGAGACAGGAGGAUGGAGACCGAUGUGGAGGUCAGCAGGCUGACCUGAGCUCUCUGGUGUCGGAGGGUUUUGUGCGGUUCUUCGUGGAGCUGGUGGGCCACUAUCCCCUCCACAUGGUCGAGUCCUCCAACGGGACCAGGGAGGUCCAGCGCGACGGCUUCCGCAAAUCUCACCCCUCCCGCGGAGUCCGCCAGUUCCUGCAGCUCUUCAUGGAUACUCAGAUGUUUGCCGGCUUCAUCCAGGACAAAGAGCUGCGCAAGGGGGGAGCACGAGGUCUGUUUGAGGUCAGAGUGGCCGAGUAUCUGGAUUCUUACCCUGAGCCGGAGACAAGUGGCGUGAACAAAUUCCUUAAAGGAUUGGGAAACAAGAUGAAGCUCCUACAAAUGAAAUGAAAGCCGACCAACAACAUGCGGCUCUGAAAAGAAAGAGCAGAAACACUUGAGGAGCUGGACUUGAGGAAUCACUCGAAUGUGGGCGGGAGUCUCGUCCCUGGACGUGAAUGGGACGGCGCAGCGUUUUAGUGGGAGAGGACCAGGUUUAUUUUAGAGCCACAUAUGCACGUCUGAGAGCAGCGCACUUUUUAAACUGGAAAGGCCUCUUUUAUAAUGGUUUCAUGACAUGCGGCCCAGUCUCUUUGGAGAAAAUACAAAAAUAAAACUAAACAUUCCAGCUCCUUAACCUCAGUUAUCCGCCUGAGCAGUCAGGGUAGUAACUAUUUACUUUACUUCUUUUUGUGUAGACGGGUUGAAUCUAUGGGAGGAAACAUUUCCAGUCAAUGUGUGCGUUUUACAGUAAAUCUAACAAGUAAAUGUACAAUUUCAAUCUUGUAAGUACUUUACAACGCCUGUUUUUAUACAUGUGAAUGUAUUCCAUGACCGACGUUGCAUUCCCUUCUGCACGAACUGUACACUUUUGUUUACUGCGUUAUAGUUUGUUUGCAUUUCAGAUCAAGUAGGUUUGUUUACUCUGAUCAGAACAUUUCAAAGUGUUCGGACUACAGGUCAAACCUCGUCAAUCAAAAUGAGUAUUA